GAAUGUUAUGGGCGGAUUUGGCUUUUCAGAAAUAAUGAAAAAUAAACAAGGAGAAUGUCAGCGUUGAGUCCUACCAUCUCCACUGCUGAAGCAGUCAUAAAGAAGAAAUCAAACAUUGGGAUCUAAACUAUCACUCUCAAACUGUACCUGCUCAAUUUCUCACAAAUCAUUCACAAUUUAUCUGUACCAGGAAUUUUGAUCCAUUCCCAUCAAGCUCAUGGCAUCAGAGCUAAAGAAGAUCAUCAUCGACACUGACCCUGGCAUUGAUGAUGCCAUGGCCAUAUUUCUUGCGUUGAGGUCACCUGAAGUGGAGGUGAUUGGACUGACUACCAUUUAUGGAAAUGUUUAUACCACCCUGGCCACCAGGAAUGCCUUGCACUUGUUGGAGAUUGCAGGGAGGACUGAUAUCCCAGUGGCUGAGGGAUCUCAUGUUACAAUAACGAAAGGUACAAAACUUCGUAUUGCUGAUUUUGUCCAUGGUGCUGAUGGACUUGGCAACCAAGAUUUCCCCCCACCAAAAGGAAAGCCAAUCGAACAGUCAGCCGCUGAAUUUCUGGUUAAGCAAGCAAAUCAUCACCCUGGAAAAGUCACUGUGGUGGCGUUGGGCCCACUUACAAAUAUUGCACUGGCUCUUGAAUUAGAUCCUGCAUUUGCCAAAAACAUUGGACAGAUCGUUCUUCUUGGUGGUGCAUUCUCGGUAAAUGGGAAUGUGAAUCCUGCAGCAGAGGCAAAUAUUUUCGGCGAUCCAGAUGCUGCUGAUAUUGUCUUCACCAGUGGAGCAGAUGUUUUGGCUGUGGGAAUUAAUGUUACUCAUCAGGUUGUUUUGACAGAUGUUGACCGAGAGAAAUUGGCACAAUCAAGUGGAAAAUUUGCUCAAUACUUGUGCAAAAUUUUAGAGGUGUAUUUCUCUUAUCAUCAUGAGGCAUACGACACGAGAGGAGUAUAUCUUCACGACCCCACAGCACUUCUUGCAGCUGUUAACCCUUCACUUAUGACCUACAUUGAGGGUUCUGUUAGAGUCCAAACAACUGGAAUCACAAGGGGGCUGACAAUAUUGUAUAACAAACAGAAGAGGUUUGGUGAAGUAACCGAAUGGUCUGAUAAGCCGUCAGUGAAGGUGGCGGUAACGGUUGAUGCUCCUGCUGUUGUCAAAUUGGUCAUGGAACGCCUUAUGGAAUCAUAAACUUCACAGACCAGAAUUUCCUGUUUAUCGAGGAAAUCAUCUCUUGGUGGUUCAGUGGUCAAUAGACGGUGAUGUAGUUAAAAUUCCAUUGUUGAUAACUGAUCUAUGUUAUGUAUGUUACUGGUUAUCGGUUCAUAAUUUCGAAGUUUGAUGAUAUCCCACUGCAUUGAGUGAGAAGAGACAGAGAUGGUUUUAUUGACAUUGGGAUUAACAUUUUGUACCAAUUAUACUGGAAAUACUGAUGAAAUAAAGCAACUUGCUGUUUACAGGUACUCAA